AUGGCUGACCAAGUGACUCCAAACGAGCUGAUUGAGGCCGAUCCCGACAGCGACGAGUUUGACCUUGAAAGCAUCGACAGUGAUCUCACCUCCCUAUCGUCGUCCAUCUACAAUUACAAGUACGAAAACGGCCGGACCUACCAUGCAUAUCGCUCAGGAUCCUACGUCCUCCCCAAUGACCAGGCGGAGCAAGACCGGCUGAAUCUCCUGCACCAUGUCUUUCGACUCUGCCUCAAUGGGAACUUGUGCAGGACGCAGUUGACGAAUCCCCAGAAGAUCCUCGAUGUCGGCACUGGUACCGGAAUCUGGGCGAUGGAGAUUGGUGAUGAAUUUCCGUCAGCGGAAGUGAUUGGAACGGAUCUGUCUCCGAUUCAGCCUGGCUGGGUACCACCUAAUGUUCGCUUCAUCAUAGACGACGCCACGCAAGAGUGGGAAUUUCCAAAAGAGUCCUUCGAUUUCAUCUACGUCCGUGGGUUGGCAGGAAGCAUUCGAGACUGGCCCAGUUUUCUCGAGCAAUGCUACAGGCACCUCCGACCCGGAGGCAAGAUUGAACUUUCGGAAUGCCGCACGCAUAUGGAAUGCGAUGAUGGCACUUAUCCCCAGGACAGCUUCACAUUCAAGUGGAUUGCUGAAUUCAACAAGAUCUCGCAUUCACACGGCAUGAUUUUCGACAUGUUCCCCAACUUCGAGGGCCUCCUCCGCAACGCCGCGUUUGAGAAGGUCGAGAUCAUGGAAGAAGUGUGUCCCAUCGGCACAUGGCCCAAGGACAAGAGACUCAAGGAGAUUGGCCGCUAUUUCCGUGCGCAGUUCUUGGACGGCGCCGUGGACAGCUAUUCCCUGGCCCUCUUCACCCGCUUUGGCGGCUGGUCACGAUUAGAGGUGGAGAUUGAACACCACCACCUGCUCAACACAUUGCAAGACGUUCCAUCUACAGAGUGCAUCCACCCGAGCUGGAUUCUAGGAAGACAAGUAGCCGAUCCCAAGCACGGCUUUCUGUUAUCAGCCCGCCAUGGCGAUCAAACGUGUUGCGUUUCGAGUUCACGGCACAGUUCAAGGGACUUUACCCAACGAAAGGCCAACGGCUACGGCGUGACUGGCUGGGUGAAGAAUACCCCUGACGGAAAGGUAGAAGGCGAAGCCCAAGGCGAAGAAGAAUCCGUCCAGAAGCUUCUCCAGGAUGUGAACCAGGGUCCCCGCCUGGCGCAUGUGGUGAAGCUGGAGAAGAAGGAGAUCGAUACCCAGGAAGGCGAGAGCAACUUUGUGAUUCUAAGAUGA